AUGGACGAAGAGGAAGAGUACGAGUUUUUGCAGUUCCACAAGAUACUAUUGAAAUGGUUGGGUUUGUGGCCAAGAGGAAACGAAUUGGAGCAUCCAACAUUUUUAAGCAAACUCAGGCUCAUCACCUUCCCGAUCCUGUUUAUACCAUCAUCCAUUCCACUUGUUAUGGAUUGUAUUAUGAUGGUUGGAGAUGAAGAAUUAACAACGAUAAUUCAAGCUCUCAUAGCUUUGGUUUGUAUUGUCGGAGAGCACUACAUGGUGAUUUGCUUCUUGGCCAAUCGCAACGGAACUGUUAAAUUGGUUUCACGUGUGAAAGAUUUCCAGAAGUUCUCUGAUCUUGAAGGUAUGAUCAAGACGGAUAAAACAGCGAUUCUUCACGCGAAAAUCCUUCUGUUUUAUUCAACUGUCGGUGUCGUGAUGUACGUGAGUAUGCCUCUCUUAUCUAUCCAGCAUUGCGAGGAUAAUAAGACAAGGAGUAUGAGGGAAUGGGGAAUACCUUGCGGUUUGGUCUCAAGAGUUCGACAACCGUUUAGGUUCGAUUACAGCCCUGUUUACGAGCUGAUGUAUCUUCAUCAAAUACUUCUAGUUUCAUUGGUAACUUGGGUGAUAAUCAUGCUCACGAUGUUGCAAUGCGGAGUUUUGAGCCACGCCAUUCAUCAUCUGAAGAAGCUGCGAGUUUUGAUCUUAGAAUUGGGAACUUUGGAUCGUUCGGAGAUGGAAAAACGCGCUUUGUUCUGCAUUCGGUACCACAUCGAAAUCAUCGAGUUUUGCGACAACUUCAAUACAGUUUUCAGCAGCCAAAUGUUGAUGCACAUCAGUCUCACUUCUUUCGUGAUCAGCAUUUUAGGUUUUCAAUUACUUGUCGUGAAUACUGCUGAUUUCAUCAGAUUCACUCUUCAUCUACAUUCUACUUCUAGCACAGGAGUAGGGUCUGAUGCCUACACUACUGAUUGGUACAAAGGAAGCGUAAGACUACAAAAUGACAUGAGGAUGAUUAUAAUGAGAUCCCAAAAACCAGUAACCUUGAACGCUAUGAAAUUAAGUCACAUGUCUUUGACUACAUUUCUAAGUCAUGAGUUCAGCCUACUCGUACUUCACACUUUUAAACAAUCUAAAAUUUGCUAA